AUGCCGCCGGGCCUUGGUGCUCCAGUGGUGCCAGGUGUGGUCGACUCGUCGGACCCAGACCUGGAUGAGGACAGACCCAGCAAAUCCGGCAAGCGUCGCGGCCAGACUUCCCCCACAGCCCGCAGAGCAGAGAAACCCAUCACUCUGGCAGACCUGCAGCGACUACUUCAGGAGCAGAGUGCGCAGAUUCAAACCCAUCAAGAACAACAAAUCAAGGCGGCGAUCAGUGACAUUCAGCGCACCACGGGGGCUCAGAUCCAGGCCGUGCAGUCGGAGGUGCAGAGACAUGGCGACUACAUUGACCAACUCCGCGACCAGGGGGAGAAGAUCGAGGCACGUCUCCUGGCCCUUGAGGCCGGAGGGGCCGGGUCUCUCCCGGAGCGAGGGCGAGAGGGCGACUCCAGGAAGAACCUCAUGAUUUUCGGAGGGUGGGGACCCGAUACCCACCGUGAUGUCCUGCUCGCCGAGCUGAAGGAGAUGCUGCAAAAGGUGGACUGCCUCAAGCAUUUCGAUGACCUGUUUACCACAGGGCCCCGCAGGGGGAACGCUCUCGGAUUGGUGACCCAGUACCCAGGGGAAGCGGAAGGAGAGCUUAAGCGGAAGAUGAUCGGCAUAGCGCAGACCAUCCGAGCAGCGAACCUCAGAGCGGACAACAUGCAGCUCGAUAAGAACUUGUGGGCCUCCCUCUCGAAAACCAAACUCGAAAGAUUGAGGUCCAGCCACGCGGGCAAGCUCAAGCGGCUCACCCUGGAAGUCAACUCCCAAGAAAAACAGCACAUUGAUGUCGAGUGGAACGCGGGCUCGGUGUGGCUCCGAGGGACCUUGAUCGGGAGCUCAACCAGGACCAAGCCGGCCGGGGUGGUGGUCUGUGAAGGGAAAACGCCCCAAUCGUGGCUCGACGUCACCACGACUUCCCGGUUGCUAGGCUGCUCAGAGGCUGACCUGCAGGCAGAGUGUGCAAAUUUUGAAAUUAGUGACAGGCCCGAGCCCUGUGAGCAUACCCGCACGCAGGUGCAAACCACACCGGGAAGUAGCCUGCCCGAAGGGCACAACUCCCCAGAACAUCAGAUGAUUCGGAUCCUUUCCUGGAACAUCGGUGGCAAGCCGGUGCAAGAUGCGCUGAAAGCUAUCGAGGUUACUUCAUCCCUUGCAGACUCGAUUGCAUGUUUCCAAGAGCUGCCCCGCACCCAGGCGGGAUGGCAAACAACGAUAAUUCAGGAUCACUUCACAUUGGUCCAAUUCAGAGAUGACCUCCGACAAUGGAGAGGCAAUGGCGUCAUGUACCGCACUGGCGAAUUCACCUGCCUGAGGCGGAAAGCCAACCACGUUGGCACCUGGGUCAAACUCAGACACACGAAAACUCAGGCGGAGCUUUGGGUGGGCUCGGCCCGUCUCAGCACCGGGGUUACGGACGAUGUCGUCGCGGAGGAGACGCAGGAGCUACUCCAACUUCGGCCUCCUCGUCCUAACGCAGCAGUCCUAAUGGCAGACUUCAACACCAAACUCUGCUGGAGUGCAGGAGCAGGCUCACGAGGGCAUGUGCGACCCACCACGGGCAGAGCAGACCACCUGGUUACAGAGCUGGAAGGGCGAGGGGACAAUGGCACCUUCCCACGAGCCGACCGAGGCGAUCCGGAGCGAGAGGCCGACAGAUUGAUGGUGCUGCGGUCGCGGGGUUUCCCCUUGCCAACAUCAACAUCGAGGAGAAAACCUUCAGAGAAAUCGGAGGAGACCACGAUCGCAUCAACCUCAGCAUCCGUCUUGCGGCUAAGGGACGGGGGGAUAGUGUCUGGACAGAUCCCGAGUACCCCCAGCCUUGACCAGGAAACCCUAAUGAGGCUCGCGAGGGACUACACCAUCCCGAAGCCUGGCACCAGAUACCACGACCCACCGGAAGUGAAGACCCUAUACCGCCAGGCCAAGAAGAGUGGCACGGAAAGAGCAUGGAAACUAGCCCACAAAGCUAGACGGACCGCGCAUGACCUGUGGCACCGACAAAAGUUGGAACGAGCUUCACAGAGAAACUGGAAGGACUACCGAGAGCUCAAACAAGACCGCCUUGGGUCCACUUGGGCGGUGCACAUGUCUGAAGAAGCCUUCAACAAAGGCAAAGAACCGCUACAAUGGACAGUGGAUCACUUCAGAUCCCUGUUCACAGAGCCCGGUGCUCAGGGACUCCCGGAAUGGCAGAGGGACACAAAAGCAUCGGAACCAUUUAGCAUGUCUGAGCUUGUCGAGGCGGUCAAGAAGGGCAAGAAUGGCAAAGCAGUCGGGGCCGAUCUUACCUCCUUUGAGCUGCUCAAAGGCCUCAUGCAGGAUGGACCCACAGCGGAAGCCCUGCUCGAGUGGAUGGAAGACAUAAGACAGGGCCGACUCAUACCUCGAGAGUGGCUACAUACCAUAGUGACCCUGCUUCCGAAGGUUGCCAACCCGGCUGGAUCGGAGGACCUCCGCCCGAUCAGCUUGGGCAGCGCGAUCGGAAAGGUCUACGGUACCAUGCUACUACGCCGCACUAGGGCGGCCCUCCAGCCCGCAGGCCCUGAGCAAUGCUCGCACUCAGGAAGACAGACGGCCGAUUACGUGUUCGCAGCUAUCCGCUCAUUUCAGCUUGAAACCGAGUGGCGCUGGGGACUGCACUGGGUCAAGCUUGACAUACGAAAAGCGUUCGACAGCUUGAACAGAGCAAAGGCCCUGGAUUACCUUAGAAAGGCGCUCCCUGAGAGCAUGCACCUAGAGUACAAAAGUUGGCGACAGCUCCUUACACCAGGGCAUGCCACAGUUAGAACGCCGUGGGGCGAAGGGCACAUCAACCAGACCAGAGGCAUUAGGCAAGGGGCGGUUGAGAGCCCAUGGCUCUUUUCAGUUGCCAUGGAGCUGUCCCUCCACGAAGCUCAGGCAGAGGAAGGGUGGCCUCGCAGAAUUGGUGCGGCGCCUGAUCUCCAGCUUGGAGAGCUGCUAUUCAUGGAUGACAGCAUCAUAUGGGCCGGGGACCAGAAAGAGCUGCUUGCCAAGUACCACAUCCUCAAAGGUUGUCUGGAGAAGUGGGGGCUCACAGUCAACCCAAAGAAGACGGCAUACUACGCCAGCCCGCAUGCUACUGAAAGGCAGCCACUCUUGCUUGAAGGGGCCCAAGUUGUGCCAAAGGAAAGCCUGGAAGUGAUGGGGAUUGCGCUGAGUAUCCCGUUACGCCCGGCCAGCCUCAUGGACUCGGCCCUAGCCAAAGCCCGGAAGAAGCACUUCGCCAACCGGGGGAUGCUGGAGUGCCGAACCCCCCUCAAGGAGAGGUUGAAGAUGUUCACCUCUACCGUUGGAGGGGCAGCCCUAUGGUAUUCCUCGGCGGCCCCGCCGAGUCCCCAAGCACUAGGGGCUGUCAACAGCCUCCAGCUGGAGCUGGUCUCCAGGAUGGCAGGGUUCAGAAGGAGGAGUAGCGAAACAUGGCUCGAGUUCCACACCAGGAGCCGCAGAGCCGCCAGGCAACUCCUCGUCAGCCACGAACAGCCACGGUGGAGCACGCUGUGGCUACAGAGGUACUGGAACUACAAAGGGCACGUAGCAAGAGGCAAUGCCCGUGAACAGCCGCCGGCAAGCAGUGUCAUUGAUGGUUUCCGCACGUACCAGUGGUGGAAACAGCAGCAGAGAUUGGCAGAGGGGCUCCGGCACCCUGCCUCCUUCUACCCCUACCUCUCCAACGACGAGCUCAGGCUUAACAGAGCAGCACGAUGCGAGGACUGGCGCCAACUUGCAAUGGACCCAGUUGCAUGGCGCCAGGCUGAAGCAGAAUGGCUGCGAAGAGAGGACGUCUCUUGGACCAGAGGACGACAGCUCGCCCUCACCGGGGGAGCGCCACUCACACCCAGCACUCACCCAUCACUGGCGAUCAGGGAGAGCGGGGACGAAUGA